UUCUUCGUUUUCGCGGUCAACGAUAGAUCAAAGCAGCGAAAAAAGAAGAAAAAAAAAAACAAUGGGAGCAAUUUGCAAGGUGAUCGAUGCUGUUCUCUUCUUGUACUUUGCUCUCAUGGCGGUCGUUGCGCCGCUCAUCGACGGGCAAAUGAGUCUCCCCGGAGAUAUCUUCCCUUCGUUUCUCGUCGAUCUGAAUCGCUGGUACGUCGCCGAAUUUGGAGAUUAUCUUUCCAUUGAGAAGCCGCAUUUCCUCGUCGGACUCGUAUGGCACGAGCUUCUGCUUCUUUGGCCGCUCUCGAUCCUCAACGUCUACGCAAUUCUAGCCGGGAAAUCGUGGUUCGGUACCACAUCCAUGGUGUACGGAGCUUCCGUCGUGACUUCUAUGGCUGCUAUACUGGGAGAGAUGAUAGGUUCAGGGAAGGCAUCUGAGAAAUUGUUGAUGGUGUAUGUGCCAUUCAUGGGUGUUGGUGUUCUUGCUCUUCUCCGCGGUCUUCUUUCUCAAUCCAACAAUGGAGCUGUUGGCAAGAGACCCAUUGUUUUGGCCAGGAGAAAGCGUGCUUAAGUUAACCGAUGAAUGAUCAGCAAAAUGUAUGUCUCUUUUGUCUCUGAGAAUUUCUGCUAGGUGGAUUUUGCUUUUUUUUUUUUAACUUUUUUCUUUUGAGAAAAUUUUGAACCUUUCGGCUGGAUUCUUGUUGUUUCUCUUAGCAAUAUCAUGUGUGUUCUUUGUUUGAAAUGAAAUGAAGUUAAAAAUUGAAGGUAU